AUGGCGAUCCGAGGGCAAACCCUGUUCACCAUCCAGACGCUCUCGGGGUGGGACCACAUCGCUGCGGUUCUCAGCGGGGUCUAUCCCAGCACCGUUGUGGUCCCUCUCAUCAUCAUCUACAUGAUGCUUUGCUGCUUCGCCGUGAUCGGGCUGAUCACCAGUGUCAUCAGCGACUCUUUCAUGGCCUCCCAGCAGAAGGAGCAGAAGAAUCAGGAGAUUGGAAAGGCCCUGAGGUACGAGAACGUGACGCGGCACCUGGAAGAAUGGUUCUUUCAAUAUGGAAGGAGUCUUCCCGGAUGUAUUGGCCGCGACGAGUUGGAGAAAGCCCUCUCAGAGCCACAGGUGAGUUCCCUGUUGCUGAGUAUGGAGCGUCCGGCAAAGAAGACUGAGAUUCUGAAGCUCUACGACCGCAUAAACAAGGAGCCCUCUUUCAGUGGCCGGGUUCAGGCCGGUCAUAUGGCCGAGGCUGUCGUAACUUUGAGCAGUGAAGCCAAAGCGAUUGGACUCUUUGAUGUGAAGCACAAGAUUCUGGGCGUCAGAAACGAGGUGAUCCAGAAAGCAGAAGUCUCUGCUAAGGAUUCCGCAAGCCAAAGGAAAGAACUCAAGGAGAUCCACGAGUUGGCCCGCAGCUCUCAAGCGCUUGUAAAGGAGGUGCAGAAGGACGUUGCGACAGUGCGUGACGACGUCACAGUCAUGAAAGCUCAGAUCGGCAAAGUCCUGGUCAAACUGGAAGAGCACUCCAAGAGCCAAGAGCAGGACCGACAAGAUCGAAACCGCGCGAUGGCGGAGUUGAACGACAAGGUGAAUGCCCUUGUAACGCAGAGCGCCGUUGUGCCUGCCAUGAGCGGGAAGGUCGACGCAAUCGCAUCCCAGAUUGCCGCCCAGUCUGGUUUGGGUGGCAAGCUGGACGCACUUGCCGUUCAAAUCUCUACACAAACGGUCGUCAGCGCAAAGGUCGAGGCGCUUCUUGGCCAAGUCUCCGCUCAGCUCGUAAGCUUAAACAGCGACAAGGGCAGCGAUGAAAAAUGGCACCUCAAGGAGCUUGAGGCCCAAGCGGACACGAAAGCUUCGGAGCCGGCUGCAGAGCCUGAGAGCCCAAUGCUCGAAGGCUUUCGAAAUCCCUGUGGGGACUUUAGAAUGGCUCCAGGGUUCUGCACGGGUAGAUUAGACGGGUGUUUGGUUAGUUACUGUUACUUAGUUGAAGGUCUUUCGUGUUUCACAGGGUUUCAUAUUGGCUUAUACGAUGUGUACAUGGUUUGCAGGGAAAUUUAA